GACGGCAUCUCACUAACCAAUCAUCAUCUGUAUAUUGCCGAGCUGCAUUCUGGUCAGUGAAGUCCCUGAAUGAAGCAGUGACAAACAUUAGUUUGGCAUUGGUUUAUAGGGGAAAGUCGUAUUUUGGGGGGUAUUAACGAAACAUAGAUUGCUGCAGAUGUCAAUGGAGACUUAUACCAGAGUAACACGGUAUUGUUGUGUCUUUAUUUUGUACAGAUACGAUACUUCCGCCCUGCCGGUAGAUGGAGAUGUCUCCAUCUAGAACGAGUUUAGACACGUUCACGCCUAUUUUGUGGGCAUGCACACACGCCUCUUGUCGUAAAUAACAGGGUAAAUACUUUUCACAGUAACAACUGGGACCUCUGGAGUGUGACAUCUCGUCUGCUUGAGAUACGAGUGUCAGUUUCCAAAGAAUCAUGACGUCAGCCUUCUGUUUCCAGACCCAGCUCGUCUCCAUCAUGGACGCCUUGUCUAAAACAGCUGUGAUGGAAAUAGGUAAACUGGUAGAAAUCGAAUCCAAGAUGUGGAAAAUAGAAAUAAACAGAGGGCGAAAUGAAAUAGCAUCUCUCACAGAGAAACUGAAGCUGAUGGAGAAGUUGUUGUACAUGGCUCAGGGGGGCCGGCAGGCUGCAGCACCAGCUGCUGCAGCUGCAGCCUGCUCUGUAGGGGGGGAAUAUGCAGAAAACCAAGUUUUUUUUACGCCUGACAGGACAAGACCUCUCAUCAAAAGCUUUGUGCAUCCAAGUGAAAACUUGUGGGAAAGCGUUGGUUCCUCUGCUGAGAUGAGCAGUCUGCAUCGAGCAAAUAGCCACACUACAGCUGAUGCAAGUUUCUACUGA